GGGCCGAGCAGUUGCAAUGGCGGAAAUGAUAUGGAACGGUUAAUAAAAAAUCGAUAGUUUGAAUAAAAAAAUGUCAAACAGUUGGGGUGUGUUCUGUCGUAAAUAAGGUUUAAACAUUUACACGUACAUAUAUAUGUACGGGACUUAUUAGGUUAAUCGAAUGAUAAAGCGCAUUGUUCAAAGUGUAUGGAUAUUUACUUCCUUAUUGAACCGCCUAUGCACUAUCCAAGAAUAUGGCAAUGUCACUUAAACAUAGUAUUAAAGAAAGUGGAAGUGACGAAGCUAGGGAUACUGAAGAUGAUACUGAGGUCUGCUCACAUUGUGCUACCGAUGAAAAACUUCAGCGAGCGUUAUACUUCUGUUAUAAUUGUGGAGUGUUUGGAAGAUACAUAUGUGGCAAAUGUUUAACACAUCAUAACCGCAUUGUGAAGACCCAUAGGGUAGAAAUGAUAAGCAAUCAGUCAAUGUCCCGAGGGCAAACAUUGCAAACAGAACUUGAAAUUGAGAAGAAGGCUGUGAAAGAAAAGUCCCAUUUUUUGGAUGACAGAGAGAAACAAAUCAAAGACCUAGAAAAAGUUAUCAGAGAGAAAGAUGGUCAAUUGAAAGUGUUAGGAGAUGAAGCAGAACAUCUAUCAAAAAGAGAAAAAGAGGAGAAUAUGAAAAGAGUGAAUGUUGAAAGACAUUUAAAGGUAAAGGAGGAAUUAGCUAUGAGGCUUGAGAGACAAGUAAAUGAUAAUUAUGCUGAGAAUAUGCUGCUAAAAGCUAGAGUAAAAGAAUUAGAGAGUGCAUGUAAGACUCUUGCAAAGGAAAAGAAUCAGGUUGAACAAGAUGCAAAGUACAUGGAAGGUUAUUUUAAAGACGAGAAAAGGACAUCUGAUGACCAGUACAAAAAACUUAUAGCAGAACGAGAUGAUUUAAGAGACCGGUUAAUUAAGCUAGCUGUUAAGAAACUACAGGAGCAGAAUGCUGAUAUACCAGACCUCAGUGAUCCAAACAGAGCAAUGAAGCUGUCAGAGAAGUUUGGCGAGUUAUACGAUUAUGAAUGGACUAAUGCCUUUGAAAGUUUGACUGAUAAGAAGCCAGGCUUACCAUUAAAAGAGGCCAUAAAUGUUCUACUUCGCUUUCUUCAAGAAUGUUGGACGUUUUGCAAUAAACUGAUGGCAGCGCAAAUGGAAAGUUUACAAAAUGUAUUUCUACAUCCUGCUCAGAACCUUGGUCACUUUGACCAAAAGAAAACUGGACUGACUGACAGACCUAGAAUUGCAUCAAAUGAUCAGCCAUCACUUAACGAUCUACGUAAAAGGGUUGGAGUAUCACCAUCCGUCAUAGAGGAAGUUAAACAGGCAUUGCUUGUAGACUCUAAAACAUGGGAUAAAAGGGAGAAAAAGGAGUUUGAUAAAAAGCAUAUAGAAAUAUGUACACCUUAUAUACAGAAAUGUGCGGAGAUUUGCUGGCUUAUGGCUCUGAAUGACCCUCCUUUGUUGAUGAAAAUGGAUGUCAAACAAGGCGAGAAGUUUGAUACAAAUAUCUAUACAGUGUACAGUCGAUCUGGACAAACAAUUGAUUUUUUGGUAUGGCCACCACUUUAUUAUGGUAAAGAUGGUGGACUUAUGUCUAAAGGUGUAGCUGAACCAAUAAGAGUUGUAGGCAAGAAGAAAUGAAUAACUUUUGACUUGUAUUUAGCUUAUGUAGUUUAUGAAUGUUCUGCAUGAUAAGGGAUAGAGUAUUUCUAAUGAUAUCCUAAUAUAAUUUGUUUUCUUUGCAGUUUUGCAAAAUUUUCAUAAAUUUUGGUUGCACAUUUUAUUUAAUAUCAGGACCAUAAUACAAGUAUAUAAAUUAUUAUGCCCACACCACAUAUUUUGGAAUCACUUUAUCAUGCAAGUUGUCGGUCAGUCAGUCCAUGGAUCCAUUGUUUCCACUUUGUAAUUCCUUUACCCUUUUAAACUCAAAUUCUCACCUCAUCUUGAGCAAUUUGCAGAACCCACGUGACCGCUGUUUUGGUUCAAGGUCAGUGUCACCCUUAAAUGUUAUCGGUAAAAAGUCAGACAUUUUAGUGUCUACUCUAUAAAUUAUAUACCCUUGAAGGAUUUUCUUUAAACCUAGCUCAGCUAUUAUUUCAAUUAGGAAUUGUGCAGAAUCUAUGAUGCAAUUGUACAAGCUCAAGGUCACCAUUGAAGGUCAAAGGUCAGACAAUUUGUGUCCACUUAAUAAACCAGUUAAAGGAUUUUUUUUUCAAAUUUAUCUAAAAUGUUAUCCUCCACUAGGCAAUGUGCAGAACCUAUGAUACUGCUGUGCAUACCCAAGGUCAUAUUUACCAUUGAAGGUCAAAAGUUUUACAUUUUGUGUCUGCACUAAAGAUUCUAUCUCUUUCAAAUAAUUUUUUCCAGUCUCUGCGGAAAUGUUUUCUUUUAAUAAUAAUAAUAAAUUCAUUGCAUAAUAUCUUCUGUCAUAGAAGUAAGGUGGGGGUAUUUUUCAGUCCUGUGACAGCUCUAGUAAGUAGAUGUCACAUAAAUUGUAUAUUGCUGUAUAUAAUGAUAUAUAUAUAUAAAACAUUUGUAAUGAUGAUAAAUAAACAUUGUUAUUUAUGAUUGACAUAUUGCAAUGUUCAAAGAAAGAAUUCAGGUGCCUCAAGAUUCAUGCCAUUUUAAAAUGUAUGUAAAUGUAUCAUGUUGUGAACAAAGAAAAUAAUUUACACAUUGCACAUAACACUUACAAUCCACUUAAAUUAACAGAGGUCAAAAGUUUUAAAAAAACCAGCCCUUUCUGUGUUAGUCAGGCAUUAGAAAAAUGGUGACAAAUACUGCAAAAUCAGACAUUAAUUGCACAUAACAUGUAAACUACAUCUUAAAUCUUUUUUCUUUUCCUAAAGUUUGAGCACAUUUUUUUCUCAUGUUUGAUUUUCUUGAAAUAUUUUGGCUCAUCUGGAGGCGUGCAGCUUUAAAACACUUGUAUUGACUUUGUAUCAAAGUAAGACAAGACACUUGCAGCACCUUCACAAACAAACAGAAAUUGCUUCACAAUAGGUUUUAUGUGUGUUAUAUUAUGAUUAGUGAGUUGCUGUAUUGCAAGGUUUGCAGAUUUUUGUCAUUUGCCCAUUAACCAUUACAUGUAAAAAUUCUCCUUACAACAAUUUUUUUUAAUAAAUUGGUGAGGUGUUAGUGAACUUGAGGUAAAAGCCAUUGACUUCAAACCACUUGCCCCUCAUCGCAUUAUUUUCAUUUUGGAUUUUUUUUAUGCGAGGAAGCAGUUUAAGGUAUAUUGGUAAUUUUACUUAGGUGCCAAUUUGUGCCAGAAAUAAUGCAUUGAAAACCACCUGUGGUCUUCCUGCAUAAGUAAACCUGAAUAGUUGCCUUAUUAGCUAUACUGUUAAGUGAGACAUUAAACCAACCCGUGGUUCCCCCAAAGGGAAUGAAAUUAUUUUAGAAAAGGAACACAAAGCAUGACAACAAGAAAGUGAUUUUUCUUAAUGCCCCUUUAUGUUUAUGAAAGGAAGGCACAGGCGGGCACAUUCGUACAACAACGACCUUUCGUCUGAAGGUCUCCUUUCACUUGAAAAGCUGGAAAGCUGCCGUUCCCCACUUUUAAAGAAAUGAAUGUAUUCCUACGUUCAGCAGAAUAUUAAUGAGAGAAUGAAAUCAAUAAUUUUUUCAACUCGAACUGUUUUUGUGGUCCAUGAUGUCUUAAGCUUGUUUUGAAAAUAAUAUUGUCCAAUUGUAUUUUAUUCACCACUAUUUAGUUGUAAGUAAAGAUAAUGUUAAAGUAGCAUAUUUAUGAAAAUUUUGAAAUGUAUGUAAUUGUGAAGUAUAGCGUAGUGUAGACUAGUGUACAAAGAAAGUAUUUUAUUUUGCAAACAGUACAAAUCCAUGUAAAUUACAAAACAAAGAGGUGUAAAUAUUAAAUAAUAACCCUUACUGCAUCAGUCACGUGAUAAAAAACUGUAAAAUCAAUAAUCUUUCACACAUGUAGUUGCUAUUUGAAUUUUUUUUACUUUUCUUAGUACAUUUUUGUCUCGAGUUUGAUAUUUAAAUUUAAAGAAAAAUAUUUGGCUCAUGUGGAGGCAUGCAGCUUCAAAGGAAACAGUUUUGUACUUGUUUAAUGCAUUUGGCUUCAUUGAUUCUUGUAUAUGUUUGCAUCAGGUCACAACAAUCCAUGUAAUGAGCAUUCAUAGUUAUUCAUAAAAACAUAUUCUUUUUAUUGGUAUUUUAAAGAUUGUUAUUGAUGGUAUGAUUUGGUUUACAACAGCAUCAUAUUCUAUGUAUAUGUUAGAAAUGAACUUUAUAUAGGUGUAUCUGUUUGACGAUAAAUAAAAUGAUCAUAUUAACAUAUACAUUUUUGUUUGUUUGAUUCACUGUUAAGGUCCAAAUGAUAAAUAAAAUGUGCUAUGCGCUUCUUAUAGCAAUUAAUAAAAUUAAUUUACUUUGUGGAUUCUUUUGGCAAAUUGCUGCUUUCAUAACUUUUUGCAGUCAUUUUAUCAGAAGUUAAAAGAAA